AUGGGUGGUCAAGGCAUCGUUCGUGAGAUGGUUCAGAAUCUGAAAGAGAUUGUGAAUUUUUCCGACUCAGAGAUCUACACAAUGCUUGUGGAGUGCAACAUGGAUCCUAAUCAAACCGUUAUGAGUCUCAUUUCUCAAGAUGCUUUUCAAGAGGUGAAGAGCAAGCGAAACAAGAAGAAAAACACCAAUGAUCAAGCAGAUUCAUCGAGACGUAGAAUCCCGAACAAUUACAAGACCGCUCGAGGUGGCGGUAGUGAGACAAGACUUGCUCAAAGUGAACCCGCAAACAGAAGAGGUAACCAUUUUGCUGGCUCUUCUUCAGCACCAAACAGUGAUCCUAAAAAUGCUGAAGUUAAGAAAGCAGCACCAACGGGUUCCACUGGUCCAGCUACUUCCUCUUCGGUGCCAGAACCAGCGUAUCAAUCCGCUUGGGUCAAGGCUAACCCCGGGAAGAAAACUAUUGCUGAGAUUGUGAAAAUGGGUAAGCCUCUUCAUCAGAUGAAAGUCAUUGUGCCUCCUUCAUCAGAGACGCAAGAGAGUGGAAGCAAGGCUCCUUUUAAAGAUGAAGGGUCUUCACUUGAGAAGCAAGAAGUUACUGAUCCAGUGUCUUCUUUCCUGAAACCAUCUGCUGAAUCCAAAACUGAUGCCGAUCAAGUUAGCGAGCCUCAACAUGUGGAUGAUGAGGUCCCCGAGAUGAAAACAAAUCCAGUUGCAUCUCAUCCUGAUGUUGACCAGGCUGCGCAAUGCUCAUACUUGAGGUUUGGUAGCUUUGACGUGAGGAUAGGAUCAGACCAAGCUAGUAGUGGCUUUAAUUAUAACUUGGUAUACACGCAAGAGAAAGAGAAGGAGUCAUCGUUCAGCUACCUGUACAAUAACUUCUAUGGGGAGGAGGAAGAAGAAGAAGCACUUGGAGACAAUGUUGCUACUGAUGAACGAAAAUCCUAUCAAAUCGAUUCGACCGCUAGAAACUACCAUGCUUCAUCAGAUUCUGAUAGAGAAGCGGCACAGCAUGAACCUCCUCAAGAAGAUCCCCAGAUGCAGAAUCUUGACAACUUAUUCACCAACGUAAUGGAUCUAAGAGAUGCGAGUAUAUCUCCUCCUGGUGCAGGGCAACAAGCGACAGCUCUUUAUCAACAUGCCGCCUUAAGCGCAUACUAUCAUCAACAUGGGAUGCCAUUAGGGCAUCAUGGUAACUUCAUAAGUAAUCCAUUCAUGCCCCAUGGUUACAUGCAUUCGGAUUUUCAGCAAGGGUUUCUUGUUGGUAACCAUCAGGCUCCUGUGGUUGUGGUUCUUCCUCCCUCUGCCUCAUCAUUUCUGCAGCAGAACGAAAACACAGUUGACUGGCGUCAAAUACGACGACCAAACUUGCGUGUGGCUCCUAGACGUGAAGUUUACAUCUUACGUGGUCAUCCAAGCCAGCAGCCUCCCGGAUUCGUUCAAGCCCAACAACUGCACCAGCAACAGCUGUCUCAACUAGCUGCAAUGUCGCUGGACCAACUCAAUCAUUAUCAUCAACAAAGUGCUGGAGAGGCCUCAAAGUAA